AGCACGAGCCCCGGCGGUGUCGGUGUGGACGGGCUGGCGCUCCGGCCCCCGGCCGCGGCAGCGAUUCCCAGCCCUCGGGCCGGCGGAGAAGGGAAGCGGGGUUAAGGGCGGUGGGGGCGGGGCGGCGUCCAGCUCUGGGAGAGCUGUGGGAGGAGCGCAGCGGCGACGGCGGCGGCGGCUCUAGAAGACCAAAAGGAGGCGGCGGAGCUUCUUUCCUCUUCUCAGACCCCGGAGCGUCCGGGACGCAGAGCCCGGAACUGGAGGGACGCGGCGACUGCGGGGGCCCGGCGUAGGUGCUGAACUCACCGUGUUGCAUACAUAUUAUCUUAUAAGAUCUUCAAACAGCCCUUUUAAGAAUCUCCAUGGAAAAAGAGUCAUGAAUGUCUGCAAUGAUAUUUCCUGACAUGAAGUUGAUAGAGAAGAAAAGGAGAUCACCAGCUAGAGAGCAGAAUUUCGAAUAACCAGGAUUUUGUAUUUGUUACCUCCAACUAUAGACUUCUCUUGCCUACCUUUACAUCAGAGAUAACUGCAGUCAGAAUCCAGACAAGGCAAAGGAUAUUUUUCUUCUUUAUCUUUCGAGAUCAAAGAAACUGCAAUGUCUAGGAAACAAAACCAGAAGGAUUCAUCAGGAUUCAUUUUUGAUUUGCAGUCUAAUACUGUACUGGCCCAGGGAGGAGCUUUUGAGAACAUGAAAGAGAAGAUAAAUGCAGUGCGUGCAAUAGUUCCCAAUAAGAGCAACAAUGAAAUCAUCCUGGUUUUGCAGCACUUUGAUAAUUGUGUGGACAAAACAGUACAAGCAUUUAUGGAAGGUAAUUCUAGCUCAGGUUUUUGUAAGUUUGUAUUUGUUCAAAAAGAAAUUAACAAAAAGAAGAAAAGCAAACCAAAACCUGCAGCAGAAACAAGUAACAGUAUCCCAGAUUCCAGUAAAUCGGUUUCCAUUCAAGAGGAGCAAUCUUUACCUUCUUCAGAGAAAGGUGGUAUUAAUGGUUACCAUGUCAACGGUGCCAUCAAUGAUGCUGAGUCUGUGGACUCACUCAGUGAAGGUGUCGAGACACUUUCAGUAGAUGCCAGAGAAUUAGAGGAUCCUGAGUCUGCCAUGCCAGUUAUGUUGGACAGAGCAGGUGAGUUCAUUAACAGGUCUUUGAAAAGUUGCAUUCUAUUGAAAAUUACAGAGGCUGCCUGGUUGAGAAAGCAAUCAAUUAAAUCUAGUUCCAAUAUUGAAAAAUCUGUGAAAGACCUCCAGCGCUGCACAGUGUCUCUUGCACGGUAUCGAGUUGUAGUUAAAGAAGAGAUGGAUGCUUCCAUUAAGAAAAUGAAACAAGCUUUUGCUGAAUUGCAGAGCUGUUUAAUGGAUCGAGAAGUGGCAUUGCUUGCUGAAAUGGACAAAGUGAAAGCUGAAGCAAUGGAAAUUUUGCUCAGCCGACAAAAGAAAGCCGAACUUCUAAAGAAGAUGACUGAUGUGGCUGUUCGAAUGUCAGAGGAGCAAUUGGUUGAGCUCAGAGCUGAUAUCAAGCACUUUGUUAGUGAACGUAAAUAUGAUGAGGAUCUGGGACGAGUAGCCCGGUUCACGUGUGACAUAGAGACCCUAAAGAAGAACAUUGAUUCCUUUGGACAAGUGUCCCAUCCAAAGAACAGCUAUUCUACCCGGUCUCGAUGUAGCUCAGUUACAUCUGUGUCCUUAAGCAGUUCAUGUGAUGCCUCUGCUGCUUCCUCUUCUACCUGUGCCUCUGCUCCCAGCCUUACAAGUGCUAACAAGAAAAACUCAGCACCUGGAGAGACUCCCGCAGUUAUAGCAAACUCCAGUGGCCGGCCCUACCAGCCUCAUCGAAAGGUAUUGCCAGGGAACAGACGAGGAGGACAAGGCUACAGGCCACACGGCCAAAAGUCCAAUGACCCCACGAACCAAGGGCGACAUGACAGUGUGGGUCAUUACAGAAAUAGCUCAUGGUAUUCAUCUGGUUCCAGGUAUCAGAGUGUGCCGCCCCAGGCACCGGGAAACUCGAGUGAAUGGGGCCAGGCUCACUCUUCAGGGACCAUCGGAACUGGAGCCAGCAUGGAUCCCAGCCCACCCAAGCCCUCAUUCAAAAAGGGGCUCCCCCAGCGCAAACCCAGGACCUCUCAUUCUGAAGCUGUGAACUCUUGAGGGAAAUUUCAGUUGUCCUCUCGCCUCUAUCCCACACAAUUCAACUUGGUAACUGGACUUUAGGAAACUUAUAGUUAGAUUUAAUAACAAAAAGAAGUUUACAUAUAUCACUUUUUAUGCCAUUCUAGAUUUUUUUGGUUUCUUCUCUCCUCAUUUCCUCUUUACCAUUUUUGGAGGGGAAGCUGUUUUUUUCCCUUGACCUUUCCCAUUGAUAUCGAUUGAUUCUGAUUGGUCAUUUCUACCAGGAAUCAUAGGCAACCGUUGCCAGAUUUCCCUAGGGGGAGCAGUUUUCUUCCCAGGGCAGCAGGCUGUUCAGUUGUCUGAAGAGGCUUCUUCUGCACCCCCCUACUGCUCAGGCUCUCAGAAGGAGAUGGAUCAGAGCUAGCCCUGUUGCCUUUUCAGGCAGAAGCCACACAUGCCUGUCAGGCUCCCUCUAAAGGGUGUAACCAGGAGAGGCAAUGAGAGGAUUAUGUGCUGUACUGAAUUAGCCAGAGAAGGGGAAAUUUAGUUGGUGAAAAGGAAAGAACACUAGAAAAUAUUUGAUAAUCUGCCUUUCCUCCUAGAAUGCGCCUGAGAUUGACACUCAGGUCAGGGUUUCAGUCUCCUGCUUGGCACCAUAGCUUAACCUGCUGUUUCUUCAAAAUGCCCAAAGCCUUGUUUCCUAUUACCUUAGACUGCAAACCAGUCCAGGGAAGUCCUUGGGAAAGUAGCAUUUAAUUAAAGUUUUAAAAAGGGGGAAGGGCAGGGGAAGUAUUUCUUUGUUUCAGUGUUUGAAGAUUUUUGUUGUUGUUCUUCCUUUUUCCUGAAUCCUAGUCCGAUCCUGAACCAAAUUUAUAGCAAUAUAAUUAGUGUUAAUCUGUUACCCAUCCAAAAAUUGCUGCAAUCUUUAUAGUUGAAUAAAUAAAAACAACUGCAUAAAUGUUUCCACA